GCCUCGCAACCGCCCGCUUCCGGGUUCCCGGCAGCCCCCGCGGCGGCCGCUGAAGGUGAGCCGGGCGCAAUGGCGUUCAGCGCUCCCCCGGCCUUCCUGACCCACCGGCAGAAGGUGCUGCGGCUAUAUAAGCGCGCGCUACGCCAUCUCGAGUCAUGGUGUAUCCACAGGGACAAAUACCGGUACUUUGCUUGCUUGAUGAGAGCCCGGUUUGAAGAACAUAAGAAUGAGAAGGAUAUGAUGAGGGCUACCCAGCUGCUGAGGGAGGCAGAAGAAGAAUUCUGGCAAAAUCAGCAUCCUCAGCCGUAUAUCUUCCCAGACUCUCCUGGGGGCACUUCCUAUGAGAGAUACGAGUGCUACAAGGUUCCAGAAUGGUGCUUAGAGUACUGGCAUCCUUCAGAAAAAGCAGAGUAUCCUGAUUACUUUUCCAAGAGAGAGCAGUGGAAGAAACUGAGGAUGGAGAGCUGGGAUCGGGAGGUGAAGCAGCUGCAGGAGGAAACACCACCUGAUGGUAUUAUGACUGAAGCUUUGCCUCCUGCCAGAAAAGAAGGUGACUUGCCCCCACUGUGGUGGCAUAUUGUGACCAGACCUCGGGAACGGCCCACAUAGAGGCAGGCACCUCACUGUUUAUGCUUGCAAGUGAGAGUUAACAGAACACGUUCACACUUGCCCUAAUAAAAAUAACUAGACACAG